AUGCCAAUAAUGAAUUGGACACAUCCCGAUAAUUUGGCACAUGAUUACCCACUUUUCCGGGUCGGCCCGUUUGGGUGCGGUCUUUGUGGUCAAAAUCAAUCGACUAAUCCAAAAAGCGGUGAAUUAAAAUACAGCAUAAAUGGUAACUCGAGGUUGAGUUCAGAGCAGCAAAAACAAUACGAAGAUCAGGGCUUUAUUAUCAUCAAGAAUCUGAUCCCAAAGCAUGACAUCGAGAAAUACUCCAAACGCUUCCACGACAUCGCCAGCCGUCGAGUGCCGACACCUCCGGGUCUUGUCGUCCAGAAGGAGGUAAAGGCGGCCAAAGAGUCGCAAUCGGAGAACAGUGUAUACAAACUGUGGGAUCUAUUCAACGACGACCAGCUCUUCGAUUACUGCCUCCACCCGCGGCUCUUGCCAUACGUCGAGGCCUUUUGCGGGCCAAAUGUGAUGGCCGUUCACACUAUGCUUAUCAACAAACCGCCCGAUUCUGGCGCCAACUCAUCGCGACAUCCGCUCCAUCAGGACAUGCAUUUGGUUCCCAUAACACCCGCCGACCGGAUAGUCGUCGCGUGGACUGCGUUGGAGGCCGUGAAUCGGGCCAACGGGUGUCUGUCAGUGAUUGCGGGCACCCAUAAGGGCCCGCUUCUGGAGCACGACUACCCCCGAUGGGAGGGCGGCUUCAAUGCACUCUAUCAGGGCGUCAAAGACAUGACGGGCAGCGAGAAUCGGGUCCACAUUGAGGCCGAUGCGGGCGAUUGCCUACUGUUUCACCCGAAUCUGAUCCACGGGUCGGGCGCUAAUCGCAGCCAAGGCUACCGCAAAGCCAUUACGUGUCACUUCGCGGCCUCUGAUUACGAUUACGUCGACGUUAAGGACACCAUUCAUGAGAGCGCCGCCAAUGAAGUGCUGGCAAUGCUUGAUAGGAAGUUUGGCCACAAGUUUGAUAAGUAUUAUGUAUGGCUUUGUAGUGACCGUUUGGUCCAAUAG